GUGUCUCUGGCAGAGAUGGAGGACACGCUGUUGAGGAAUCUUUUUCGAGGUUAUCAGAAGUGGGUGCGACCGGUUCUCCACGCUAACGACACCAUUACCGUACGCUUUGGCCUCAAGAUAUCUCAGCUAGUGGACGUGGAUGAGAAGAAUCAGCUUAUGACCACUAACGUCUGGUUGUGGCAGGAGUGGACCGACUACAAACUCCGCUGGAACCCAGAGGAUUAUGGGGGAAUUACGUCUAUCAGGGUUCCCUCUGAGAACAUCUGGCUGCCUGACAUUGUGCUCUAUGAGAAUGCUGAUGGACGGUUUGAGGGGUCUCUGAUGACUAAAGCGAUUGUGAAAUCCAACGGCACCAUCAUGUGGACCCCCCCCGCCAGCUACAAAUCCUCCUGCACCAUGGACGUCACCUUCUUCCCCUUCGACAGGCAAAACUGCUCCAUGAAAUUCGGCUCCUGGACCUACGACGGCCACAUGGUAGACCUGGUCCUGGUGGACCACUACGUGGACAGGAAAGACUUCUUCGACAACGGGGAGUGGGAAAUCCUCAACGCCACGGGCCGGAGAGGGAGCAGGCAGGACGGGCUUUACUCCUACCCUUAUGUCACCUACUCCUUCAUCCUCAAGCGUCUUCCUCUCUUCUACACGCUCUUCCUCAUCAUCCCCUGCUUGGGCCUGUCCUUUCUCACCGUGCUGGUGUUCUACCUGCCCUCCGACGAGGGGGAGAAGCUCUCCCUCUCCACCUCCGUUCUCGUCUCGCUCACCGUCUUCCUCCUCGUCAUCGAGGAGAUCAUCCCCUCCUCCUCCAAGGUCAUCCCGCUGAUCGGCGAGUACCUCCUCUUCAUCAUGAUCUUCGUCACGUUCUCCAUCAUCGUCACCGUCUUCGUCAUCAACGUGCACCACCGCUCCUCCGCCACGUACCACCCCAUGGCCCCCUGGGUAAAAACCCUCUUCCUGCAGAGGCUUCCCAGGAUGCUUUGCAUGAGGGGCCACACGGACCGGUACCGCUACCCGGACAUAGAGCUGAGAAGUCCGGAGCUGAAGCGAGGGAUGAAGAAAGGACAGCAGAGAAGCGGAGGAGGAGGAGGAGCGUGGAUGGACAUGUUGGAGAAAGCCACUAAUUCAGUUCGUUACAUUUCCAGACACAUCAGGAAGGAGCAUUUCAUCAGAGAGGUGGUUCAGGACUGGAAGUUUGUGGCCCAGGUGUUGGAUCGGAUCUUCCUCUGGGCCUUCCUCACCGUUUCCGUCGUUGGCACCAUCCUCAUCUUCACCCCCGCCCUCCAGAUGUACCUCAGCACCCCGCCCUAA